CGAUGUCCGCCCCCUCCCCGCGCAGCGCCGGCCUGGCCCUCCUGGUGGGCCUGCUUGCCCUGCUGGGCAUGCUCACCCUGGCCCCGCGGCCGACCAGUGCCCUGCACUUCUACCUGGAGCAGUCGACUCCCCGGUGCUUCCUGGAGGAUCUCCCCGGGCAAACCCUGGUCCUCGGCGAUGCCGAGCUCCGCGUCUACGAGGGGACCCGGCUCCUGGAGAACCACGACUUUAAUGCCGCCCUCGAGGUCAAGGAGAAGUUCUCCGGGCACACGAUCUACUCCUCGAACCUGGGCUCCCGCGGCACCUUCGCCUUCACCACUGUCGAGCCUGGCGAGCAUCUGAUUUGCUUCCGCUCGUCCUAUGCCAGCUGGCGCUCGAAUGCCCGCAGCCGUCUCGACUUCACCAUGACCAUCGGCGAAGCCACUCUCGAGGAUGCCGAUCCGAACAGCCAGCUGGUCAACUCCGGCGAUGAUGCUGCCAUCGUCGACCGUGUCAACAACCUCCGUGCCAGCCUUCGCCGCAUGAACGUUCGCAUCGCCGACAUUCGCCGUGCCCAGUCCUACCAGCGUGUUCAGGAGGCCAGCUUCCGCGAUGCCUCCGAGCGCGUCAACUCCCGCGUCGCCUGGUUCCUCAUCGUCCAGAUCGUGGUCUUCGUCGGUGUGGCCCUCUGGCAAAUGGCCCACCUCCGGAGCUUCUUCACCACCCGCCGUGUUGUCUGAGGAGAGAGGGUGUCCACAAAAAGUAGGCCGGAAUGGAGCCGGAUGAUCUCUCGCCCAUGGUGGCACACCUGCGCAUGCCACCAUCCCGGGCCUGGUCCCACCGCUCGCUCCACGCAUACAUGCAUACAUUCACACACAUCCCCAUACACUCUCACUCUCUCACUCUCACACACACACACACACACAUGCACGCCGUCCCAUCCAAAUGGCCAACAACACGAACAACAAACCAAUGCCCCUAAAUACACAAAAUAUGCUUGCACA